AUGGCUUUCCUCGACGGUAUCGGAGCGGAGAUGACAGUGGAGGUUACCUUCGUGUACAACCGCACUUUUAUCGUUGAGGCGCCGGUUUUGAAAGAAUCCGGCACUUACCGCCGGAGCGUGAGCCAGCCCCCCCCUACCACGCGUCUCGAGACGGCCUGCGACGCAAUGACGGAAGAAGAGACUCUAAGAGGCUACGUGCGCUCGCUGGGUAUCUCCAGCAUGCGCAGCAUCUGUCCAGAUGUUGGAGAAAGCCUCCAUGCUCCAAGAAGACACAAGGCCGCAGAUCGUCCUGUCGUUUUUUGGCAGGAGAGUUGCGGGAGCAGAGGGCACCCAGACCUUUGUAAGCGCCCAUGCAUCUAUUUCGUGGCUGGCAAGUGCACCACCGGAAUGCACUGCAGCUACUGCCACAUGGAGCAUAACGAUCGGCCUGCCAAGCUUGACAAGCAGCAGCGCCACAAGUUCAACUUGAUGGGCAUGCGCGAAGCGCUGCUGAUGCUUCAUGGGAUGUUGACGUCCAGCGCGAAAGAGAAUGGCUUCCUGCCAUUGGCGAGAAAUACGCUGGGCCUGGUGGAAGAGGAGGCCAUGAAGCAUGAUGUCACCGAGGUGACGAGCUCUGAAGCCGUGUACCGACGGCUGGAGCGAGUCCUGGUACGCAUGCCCUUCCAUCAGCUUGCUCUUCUCGCUGUCUCAAAGGCAGAUUCCAGCGAGUUUGGUGAACUUAUGGUGACCAGCAUCGAGAAGCUGACCGAUGAUCUCGAAGACAGGCGCAAAGCCGGUCUGAAUGUUUGA